AUGGUAGGGCUUUCUUUCCUCUCCCUGCUUGCCCUUGCAGCAACAGGGGUAUCGGCUGCAUCGAUCCCUGCCCCCCUUGGCCCAGGGGCUACUCCUCGCAAAACCAACCUGACCCCAGGAUGCAAAAACGGCCCCAAGUCCCGUCAAUGCUGGGGUGAGCACGACAUCAACACCAAUUACUACGACACGGUCUUUUACACCAACCACACUGUCGAGUACUGGUUGAACCUUGAGGAGAUCGACUGUGCCCCAGACGGGUACCUGCGCAAAUGUCUGACGGCCAACGGAACUAUGCCCGGCCCAGCCAUCGUGGCCAACUGGGGAGACGAGAUUGUCGUCCAUGUCACCAACAACAUCAAGACCAACGGCUCGUCUAUCCACUGGCACGGUGUGCGCCAGCUCAACAACAAUGCUAAUGAUGGAACACCCGGUGUCACGCAAUGCCCUAUUGCACCUGGGACAAGCAUGACGUACCGCUUCCACGCCGACCAGUACGGCACAACUUGGUACCACAGCCACUUCAGCUUCCAAUACAGCAAUGGUCUGUACGGACCGCUGAUCAUCAACGGUCCUGCCACGGCCGACUACGACGAGGAUCUCGGGGCCGUCUUCAUCACAGACUGGGACCAUGAAACAGCCGACCUGCACUGGGCCACUGUCGCCAACUUCAACGUUACCUUCAACGGUUCUGACACUGGUCUGAUCAACGGCAUGGGCACCGGCAACUGCACGGCGCUCAACGCGACCAAGGCUGACCCCAACUGCCUGAGCGAUGGCAAGAAGUUCGAGUUGCACUUUGAGCAGGGCAAGAAAUAUCGUCUUCGACUUCUCAACGUCGCAGAGGAGGAUUGGGUUCAAUUCAGCAUUGACAACCACACUUUGACGGUUAUCGCCAUGGACUUCGUGCCUAUCGUGCCAUACCAGACCAAGAGCAUUUUCAUCGACAUGGGCCAGCGAUACGACGUUAUUGUCGAGGCGAACGCACCUCCGGCCGAUUACUGGCUGCGCAGUGGUUUCCAGCCGUUGUGUAUUCCCAACGGCGCCGGCGCAAACAACAUUAGCGCCAUUGUGAGAUACGACAAGUCAAGCACCGCGGACCCGACCAGCGCAAGCGUGGAUGGUGCAAUCAUCGCAUGGGAUCUCUGCGUGGACGAGCAGCCCUCCAACUUGGAGCCCUGGGUUCCUGUCGAUUUGGACCUGGCAAAUGUCGUCGCCGGCAUCCAGACCGAGACCAUUGGACCCGAGUGGGUUGACAACAACACCUACCUCCGCUGGUGGGUCAACGAGGGAUCCUUCAUGUGGGUGAACUGGUCGAACCCGGCACUCGGAGACGUGAUCAACGGAGACCUGAAGGCCAUUCCCGCAACCGACAACAUUUUCCAGGUUGGAUCCAACGCGACGGCGAAGAGCUCCCUUCGUCGUGACGAGGUGGAAUGGGUGGUUCUGGUCAUUGAAGACAAGACGCCCUUCACCGGUAUCUCCCACCCCAUCCAUCUCCACGGCCACGACUUCCUCAUCCUCUCCACCGGUUACGAGCAAUGGACUGGAAGAACGUACGGAUGGCAGUUCAAGAACCCGCCUCGCCGUGACACGGCCACCAUGCCCAGUAACGGAUACCUUGCCAUCGCGUGGCCCCUGGACAACCCUGGUGUCUGGGCUCUGCACUGCCACAUUACCUGGCACAGCAGCCAGGGCUUCGGAGCGACUGUCUUGGAGUCGGCGGACAAGAUUCCCAAGCCGAUUGGCGGUGACUGGGCCAAGGAACUUGACCCCAUUUGCAAGGCCUGGCACGAGUGGGAGCCAACCGCGCCAUUCAAGCAGACUGAUGCGGGUAUUUAA